AUGGAGUCUCAGUAUCUGAAGAGAUGCCUGGGAAGCUGCUUGAAAAAGGGACUAGCAGAGGUUGCAGAGCAUCGGCCAGCAGAUCCAGUAGAGUAUCUAGCACAUUGGAUUUACAAUUACAGAAGAAUCUUAGAUGAUGAAGAAAAGAGAAUGUUGGAGAGGAUUGAGCUGGAACAAGAACGGGAGGUGGCCCUGACAGAACUUGAAAUGUUAAGAAAAAUGAAGGAAGAAGAGCUAAUGAUCCAGCAGAAACUUGCAGAACAACGUCAGGGUCAGUUGGAACAAGAAUGUGAGGAGUUGGAACUGCAGAAGGAAGAAGACAAAAUGAUGUUUGAGCAGAAAGAUCAAGAGGGAAAUGAAAAGAAGAUAGCUGAACUUACAGAUAGACCUGGAGCGCCUCAUUUGACCAGAAUCGAGGAGCUAGAUGAGAAUGGACGGUCUGAGAGUGUGGCAGAUGUCAUGGCAGAAUCACAAGAAACUUCCCCUCUGAUCUGA